UGCACAGGUCCCGCCGCCGCCGCCUCCAGAGACUACAGCGCCACAAGCCGGAAGUGCUGGUGGUGAACCGAGCACCGACGUGUCGCGUCCUGCUCCUGAAAUGGGAGAUAGAUCAGAACUCUUGCAGCGCGCAAGAACAUUCCUGAGUUCGCCGCAGGUCGCGCACGAGGAUCUUUCAGCGAAACGCAAGUUCCUCACAGACAAGGGUCUGAACGAUGCUGAGAUAGAAGGGUUGCUGCGAGAGACAGUAAGUGCCUUGACGUACCUCUGCGCAUCGGAUGUGCGGCCUGACAGCCUGUAUAAAAGCCCGUGUUGGCUCCUAUGGUGCCGCCGCGAACAUAUCCGCAACCACCUCCUUCCAAUUUGCCCGGUCUCCUCGUAGGGAUUCUAAGGAUUGCCACAUGGGUCGCUGGAGGAUCCGCUGCAUUACUCCUGAUUUACUUCCGGUUCAUAUAUCCCCGCAUCGCGCAGACAUUCCACGCGAGACAUUCCCUUAGAGCGCAUCAUAAAACGCUCUUGACUCGGCUCACGUCUUCCAUUGAAGAACUCAAAGCAACACAAAAUGAGACAUUCGCUGUGCUUCCACUACCACCGGCCUACAAAGUGGAGCCGCCGUACGCGGAAUGCAAGACUCUUGAUGAUGUCGCGUCUGCUGCUGGCGAGUCACGCGACAUUCCGCACAUUCUGCUACUGGAGCGCGCCAUUGCGGAGAUAAACUCAAAGAAGCAAAAGGCGACCGCAGAAGCGAUAUUACAGCUCUUGGAAACCAAAUUUCCUUGGAUCCAGUCCGAGAAAGAGGGCAAGUUUGAGAAUGAGCUAUGGGAGGUCCUGUCAAUCUCAGUGCUGUUCGAGCAGGACACCACAGACGAUGUAUCCGUGUGGUCGUUCAAGGCCCCACUUCCACCUCCGCCCUCUGCGCUUCAGUUAGCGUUAUCCGCCCUUCACGAGGCGCUACCGGGUCCCAGUAGAGACCUCGCGAGUAUACGGAAGACCUAUGACGCGCUCUCAAACUUCACUGGGUACAUGAGCAGUCAGCUCUACGCCAUGCCGUCUAACCUUCGCUUCACUGCCAAUGGCAUGUCGACCGUGCUAUCUCCGGAGGAAGAGGAAAUACGGCGCGAGAUACGUGCUCUGAAGGGCCUUAUGCUGAACCGCCGCUCGUUCCUGCCUCCGCGGCCGACCUCCGUGCCCGCACUGUCGUCUGUGGCUGGCUCGGUGCCCUCGUGACCCAGGCUGUUGAUUAUGACGCCAAGCCAUUGCCACAGUCGCGUUUGCUGUUCGGGUUCCAGUGUGAACGUGCCUCUGCCAUACGCAGUGCCCUUGAUAGAUGCUUCUCCCGGCUUCUCA